AUGGGUUUCGCAGUGUUUGUGUUGUUUACGUUGAUAUUUGGAGGAAUAGGAGGAGUGGCGCCCAUAUUCCUGCCGGAGUCGCCCCAACGACCGCUCAUUAAGCUGAUGCUUAUGGUGGGAACCGUUUGCUGUUACGCCAUGUGGUUGACCACGUAUUUGGCGCAAUUGAAUCCGCUGUUCGGCCCGCAGGUCAACAACCAAACCAUGGCUCUCAUGAGGAAAGUGUGGUCUUAG